UUAAAAGCGUCUUGUCUCACGAACUUUCCUCCUUUAAGGGAAGAGUUGAAAAGGCACAACGAUGAAUCCAUCAACUCUGCUGUUACGAAAAUUCGUUUAGAAAACUCGGCUCGCCAUUCCUUUAAAUCUAAGGGCAACGAGGAACAGUACAACCACCAAGAGAAGGUCGCUACUCACUUUGACAGCGCAAUUGAAUCCCUCCAUUCCGGCAAACUCGUUGAAGUCAGGAAUGUCUUAGGGGAAGGUAAGAACCUUGUUGCUACCCGCAUGAAGCAUAUAGUUCUCGCUGAUUUACACGGUUGGGAUUUCUUUACCGAGUAUAAACAGAUUCCUUUACCUGAGGACAAGUCCAACGAAAAAGGAUUUGCAAGCUUCUAAGAGAUGUGGGAAGUCAAAGGCAGAAGAGAAAGACGGACAAGGCUAAACAAGCCACUAAAUUUAAGCUCGAUUCUAGACGUUCCUCCCCUGCUCGAUCAUAAUUAUUCUAACAAGUUUCCUGUUUUUCCUUCCAUGAACGGCUGUUACCUCUGCGGUAAGCCAGGACACUUCUGGAGGAGCUGCUAUCAUUCAAGAAACUCUCCCGCUUCAGGCAGCAACGCACGCUACUCUUGGCAAUGCUAGUUGGUACAGUUACCAUCGCAGCCAACAGUUAUGC